AUGAACCGGACCCUCACAGCCCUCCCAACUGAUGCUGAAAUUAAAGCUGCGGUCUUCUCAAUCAGUGUGGAUAAAGCUCCGGGUCCGGAUGGUUUUUCCGCGGGCUUCUACCAAUCUUUUUGGGAUAUUAUUGGCCCCGACGUGACCCAUGAUAUACGGUCCUUCUUUUCCUCGGGCGAGCUUCACCGUCAACAAAACGAGACACACGUCCGUCUGAUCCCGAAGAUCCCAGGGCCAAAACGUGUAGCAGACUAUAGGCCAAUUGCCUUGUGCACUACCCACUACAAGAUUAUCGCUAAGAUCCUCACCAAACGGAUCCAGCCUCUCCUCUCUCAGCUCAUCUCGGUUCACCAGUCGGCCUUUGUUCCCGGAAGAGCUAUCUCUGAUAAUGUCCUUAUCACUCAUGAGAUCCUCCAUUUCCUAAGAACAUCGGCAGCUCGACAACGAUGCACGAUGGCAGUCAAGACCGACAUGAGCAAGGCUUAUGACCGGAUCGAGUGGGACUUUAUCCGAGAGGUUCUGGAGAGGUUUGGAUUCGAUAGUGUGUGGGUCUCUUGGAUAAUGGAGUGUGUCUCCUCGGUCUCUUAUACCUUCCUCAUCAACGGUGCACCACAGGGAGGGGUUCUACCAUCACGAGGCCUCCGACAAGGAGAUCCACUGUCGCCGUAUCUCUUUAUUCUCUGCACAGAAGUCUUAUCCGGACUUUGCAACCAAGCGCGGGAUCGAGGAACUUUAGCGGGCAUCAAAGUUGCUCGUGGCUGCCCGGCAAUUAAUCAUCUGUUGUUUGCCGACGACACGAUGUUUUUCUGCAGAUCGGAUAGAGCUAGCUGCAAGGAGUUGACAUCUAUCCUCCACCGCUACGAGAUGGCCUCCGACCAAUGCAUCAACCGUGCCAAGUCUGCUAUCACCUUCUCAUCAAAAACACUCCCGGCGACCAAAGAAAACGUGAAGACAGCGUUAGGCAUUGCAAAAGAAGGUGGUAUUGGGAAGUAUCUUGGAUUACCGGAGCAUUUUGGUAGGAAGAAACGAGAUAUUUUCUCAUCGAUAGUGGACAGGAUCCGGCAAAAAUCCCAUAGCUGGAGCUCUAAGCUACUGUCGGGUGCCGGGAAAAUGGUCUUACUAAAGACGGUACUAGCUGUGAUGCCCUCGUAUGCUAUGUCUUGCUUCAAGCUCCCGGUGUCCUUAUGCAAACAAAUUCAAUCCGUCUUAACGCGGUUCUGGUGGGAUCAAACGCCUGAGGUAAAACGCAUGUGUUGGGUCCCUUGGGAGAAACUGACUCUCCCAAAGUCUGCGGGCGGACUUGGUUUCCGUGACAUAGAACGUUUCAAUGACGCUCUGUUGGCUAAGCUGACUUGGAGACUUCUGAAACAUCCUGACUCCCUGCUGGGCCAGACUCUCUUGGGCAAGUAUUGCCACCAUAACAACCUCCUCUCUUGCUCCUCGACUGGUGCAAUGUCACAUGGUUGGAGGGGGCUCUUAGCGGGUAGAGAAGUCCUGAAGAUGGGUCUAGGAUGGGUAGUGGGGACGGGUAAGGACAUCAAUAUCUGGAACGAAAACUGGCUGUCAACUGGCGAAACCCUGAGACCUUUCGGCCCUCCAAACCUCAAUGAGCAAAAUCUCACUGUCCAAGAUCUCCUCCACCCGACAAAGGGAGACUGGAAUGUGACUGCUAUACGAGCCCAUCUACCUCAGUAUGAGGAUACGAUCAGACUUCUACAACCUAGCACCUUUAACAUGAAUGAUGUCUUGGUUUGGUUGCCGGUGAAGUCUGGUGAGUAUACCACGAAAUCUGGUUAUGCUCUGACAAAAUUGCAAAACACUUGUCAUGGAACAGAGCUUGUGCAGUCCAACUAUAAUUGGAGAUCAUGCGUUUGGAAUAUUGAGACCACCCCCAAGCUCUGUCUCUUUAUGUGGAGGCUUUCGAACAAGGCGCUCUCGAUUGGGGACGCUUUGGCACGACAGGGCAUUAAUAUCAACACGGAAUGUAAACGGUGCGGUAAACGAGAGACCGAGCUUCAUGCCUUCUUCCAAUGCCCUUUCGCUGCAAAGGUUUGGGAUCUUAUACCGGCUCUCCACAAACCGUCUACUGCAACUGCAACGAUCCAUCAGCUUCUCGAGGGCAGCAAAAAGAUAAUCAAUCUUCCCCCUUCAGGAACCAACUUCUCUUUGAAGAUAAAAAAUACUCUGAAGGGGAGGUUAUCAAUAAAGCGAUCAGGGACGCAAGAGAAUGGAGCCAAGCACAAAACCUUUCCUCGCCAAAAGCCCCACGCUGUCCUCCCCCCCCAACAAACUAAUAUGACCAGCCCCUCGACUCUGAUCUUCACCGAUGGAGCUUGGGAUGCAAAAUCGAAGUAUGGUGGCAUGGGAUGGAUCUUUAAAGACUUGGGGGGAUCGACCUUAGCGCAAGGUUCUGAUGCAAGAAGCUUUGUCAGCUCGGCAUUAAUGGCUGAAGCUCUAGCUUUGAAGGCAGCAAUCUCGUCGGCAAUUCACUUGGGCUUCCUCAACUUGAGGUGCCUCUCAGACUCUCGUAAUCUCAUUUCCUUGCUCACCACGGAUUCAUCCGUAAUCGAGCUCCAAGGGAUCCUCCACGACAUUCGCGUGUUGAGUAGUUCCCUUCUAUCUAUCUCUUUUGUUUUUACGCCUCGCUUGGCUAAUGUAUGUGCGGAUGGCUUAGCCAAAACAGCUCUACGUUUGCUUGUAAGCUCUCCUCCUGUUAUGGAGUAA